GGGCUCGCGGGCUCCCGAUGCUCGGCGCCGCCAGCCCGUGGGAGCAGCCGCGCUGAGCUCAGCCUCCGCCCGCUCCCACAAUGCACAGGGCGGCGGCGGCAGCACCGGCCGCCGAGGGGGCUGCGGCGCGUACCGCCAGGACCCCGGGCACGCUGCACGCUCGCGCCCGCUCUCGGCGAGCCCGGCAGUGAUGGCGAGGACCGCGCCCGCCGGCCGCGCCUGAGGCGCCCCGCCCCGCCCCGCCCGGCGCGGCCCUGCUCCGGCUGGCGGCUGCCCGGGUGCUUCUUAGUCGGCGCGGGCGGCCGCCCAGGCGAGGUGCGGCCUCCGCACAGGCGGGGGGCGUCGGCGCCGAGGGGCCCCGCCAUGGCCGCAUCCGAGCUCUACACAAAGUUUGCCAGGGUUUGGAUACCUGAUCCCGAGGAGGUUUGGAAGUCAGCAGAGCUGCUCAAAGAUUAUAAGCCAGGAGACAAACUCCUCCUGCUUCACCUUGAAGAAGGAAAGGAUUUGGAAUAUCGUCUAGAUCCAAAGACCAACGAACUGCCUCACUUAAGAAAUCCUGACAUACUUGUGGGUGAAAAUGACCUCACAGCCCUCAGCUAUCUUCAUGAGCCUGCUGUACUCCACAAUCUCAGAGUCCGCUUUAUUGAUUCCAAACUAAUUUAUACAUAUUGUGGUAUAGUCCUAGUAGCUAUAAAUCCUUAUGAACAGCUGCCUAUUUAUGGAGAGGAUAUUAUUAAUGCAUACAGUGGUCAGAACAUGGGGGAUAUGGAUCCACAUAUCUUCGCAGUGGCUGAAGAAGCUUACAAGCAAAUGGCCAGAGAUGAACGAAAUCAGUCCAUCAUUGUAAGUGGAGAGUCUGGGGCAGGAAAAACCGUCUCAGCCAAGUAUGCCAUGCGCUACUUUGCAACUGUAAGUGGUUCUGCCAGUGAAGCCAAUGUCGAGGAGAAAGUCUUGGCCUCCAACCCCAUCAUGGAGUCAAUUGGAAAUGCUAAGACUACCAGGAAUGAUAAUAGCAGCCGUUUUGGGAAGUAUAUAGAGAUUGGUUUUGAUAAGAGAUACCGAAUCAUUGGUGCCAAUAUGAGAACUUACCUUUUAGAGAAAUCCAGAGUGAUGUUCCAGGCAGAAGAGGAGAGAAACUAUCAUAUCUUCUAUCAGCUUUGUGCCUCAGCCAAGUUACCUGAAUUUAAAAUGCUGCGAUUAGGAAAUGCAAAUAACUUCCAUUACACAAAGCAAGGUGGCAGUCCUAUGAUCGAAGGAGUCGAUGAUGCCAAGGAGAUGGCGCAUACCAGGCAGGCCUGCACUUUGCUAGGGAUCAGUGAAUCUUAUCAAAUGGGAAUUUUCCGAAUACUUGCUGGCAUUCUUCACUUAGGCAAUGUUGGGUUUACAUCUCGAGAUUCAGACAGCUGCACGAUACCUCCCAAACAUGAACCUCUCAGCAUUUUCUGUGACCUUAUGGGCGUGGACUAUGAUGAGAUGUGUCACUGGCUCUGCCAUCGGAAGCUGGCUACUGCCACGGAGACAUAUAUCAAGCCCAUCUCCAAGCUGCAGGCCACAAAUGCCCGUGAUGCGUUGGCCAAGCACAUCUAUGCCAAGCUCUUUAACUGGAUUGUAGACCACGUCAAUCAGGCUCUCCAUUCUGCUGUCAAGCAGCACUCUUUCAUUGGCGUGCUGGACAUUUACGGAUUUGAAACAUUUGAGAUAAAUAGUUUUGAACAGUUUUGCAUAAAUUAUGCAAAUGAAAAACUACAGCAACAGUUCAAUAUGCAUGUCUUCAAAUUAGAACAAGAGGAAUAUAUGAAGGAACAAAUUCCAUGGACACUCAUAGAUUUUUAUGAUAAUCAGCCUUGCAUUAAUCUUAUAGAAUCUAAACUGGGCAUUCUAGAUUUGCUGGAUGAAGAAUGCAAGAUGCCUAAAGGUACAGAUGACACGUGGGCCCAAAAAUUGUACAACACACAUUUGAACAAAUGUGCACUCUUUGAAAAGCCCCGUCUAUCAAACAAAGCUUUCAUCAUUCAACAUUUUGCUGACAAAGUGGAAUACCAGUGUGAAGGCUUUCUGGAAAAGAAUAAAGAUACUGUUUUUGAAGAGCAAAUUAAAGUUCUUAAAUCAAGCAAGUUUAAGAUGCUACCAGAAUUAUUUCAAGAUGAUGAGAAGGCCAUCAGUCCAACCACAGCCACCUCUUCAGGGCGCACACCCCUCACCCGUACUCCUGCAAAGCCCACCAAAGGCAGACCAGGCCAGAUGGCCAAAGAGCACAAGAAAACAGUGGGGCACCAGUUCCGAAAUUCCCUUCACUUGCUGAUGGAGACCCUCAAUGCCACUACCCCCCACUAUGUGCGCUGUAUUAAGCCUAAUGACUUCAAGUUCCCAUUCACGUUUGAUGAGAAGAGGGCAGUGCAGCAACUGAGGGCCUGCGGGGUCCUGGAGACCAUCCGCAUCAGCGCAGCAGGUUUCCCCUCACGGUGGACUUACCAAGAAUUUUUCAGCCGCUACCGUGUCCUAAUGAAACAGAAAGAUGUGCUGAGUGACAGAAAGCAAACGUGCAAGAACGUAUUAGAGAAACUGAUACAGGACAAGGACAAGUACCAGUUUGGCAAGACAAAGAUCUUUUUCCGUGCUGGUCAAGUCGCCUAUCUAGAAAAAUUGAGGGCAGACAAGUUGAGGGCUGCCUGCAUCCGGAUCCAGAAGAUAAUCCGAGGGUGGCUGCUGCGGAAGAAGUACCUGCGCAUGCGGAGGGCAGCCAUCACCGUGCAGAGAUACGUGCGAGGCUACCAGGCCCGAUGCUAUGCUAAAUUCCUGCGCAGAACCAGGGCGGCUACCAUCAUUCAGAAGUACUGGCGCAUGUAUGUCAUCCGCAGGAGGUACAAGAUUAGACGAACUGCUACUAUUGUUCUUCAGUCUUAUUUGAGAGGCUACUUGGCCAGAAAUAGAUAUCGCAAGAUACUCCGUGAGCACAAAACAGUUAUCAUUCACAAAUGGGUCCGGGGCUGGCUGGCUCGCAUUCACUACAAGAGGAGCAUGCAUGCUAUCAUCUACCUUCAGUGCUGCUUCCGGCGGAUGAUGGCUAAGCGCGAACUGAAGAAGCUCAAGAUUGAGGCCCGCUCUGUGGAGCGCUACAAAAAGCUCCACAUUGGCAUGGAGAACAAGAUCAUGCAGCUGCAGCGCAAAGUUGAUGAGCAGAACAAAGACUACAAAUGCCUCAUGGAGAAACUGACCACUCUGGAAGGAAUAUACAACUCUGAAACUGAGAAACUACGAAGUGACUUAGAGCGUCUUCAGCUAAGUGAGGAGGAGGCUAAGAUUGCCACUGGACGGGUUCUCAGUCUGCAGCAAGAAAUUAACAAGCUCCGGAAAGACCUGGAACAAACUCAGUCAGAGAAAAAAUCCAUUGAGGAACAUGCAGAUAGGUACAAACAAGAAACGGAGCAGCUGGUAUCAAAUCUGAAGGAAGAAAAUUCUUCACUGAAGCAGGAGAAGGAGACCCUCAAUCGCCUUAUCGUGGAGCAGGCUAAGAAGAUGACAGAGACUAUGGAAAAGAAGUUAGUAGAAGAAACAAAACAACUGGAACUCGAUCUUAAUGAUGAGAGGCUGAGGUAUCAGAACCUUCUGAAUGAGUUCAGUCGUUUAGAAGAACGAUAUGAUGAUCUCAAGGAAGAGAUGACUCUGAUGGUGAAUGUGCCUAAGCCUGGGCACAAGAGAACAGACUCCACCCACAGCAGCAAUGAAUCGGAAUACACCUUUAGCUCUGAAAUUGCAGAAACUGAAGACAUUCCAUUGAGGACAGAGGAGCCAACUGAGAAGAAGGUGCCUCUGGACAUGUCCUUGUUCCUCAAGCUCCAGAAGCGAGUCACAGAGCUGGAGCAGGAGAAGCAGGUGAUGCAGGAUGAGCUGGACCGCAAGGAGGAGCAGGUGCUGCGCAGCAAAGCAAAGGAAGAAGAAAGACCACAAAUUAGAGGUGCAGAACUGGAAUAUGAGUCGCUCAAGCGUCAAGAACUAGAAUCAGAAAACAAAAAACUGAAGAAUGAGCUAAAUGAGUUACGCAAGGCCCUUAGUGAGAAAAGUGCCCCAGAGGUGACUGCUCCAGGUGCACCAGCCUACCGUGUCCUCAUGGAGCAGCUGACCUCUGUGAGUGAGGAGCUUGAUGUCCGCAAGGAAGAAGUUCUCAUCUUAAGGUCUCAGCUGGUGAGCCAGAAAGAGGCCAUCCAGCCCAAGAAUACAAUGACAGAUUCCACAGUACUUUUGGAAGAUGUACAAAAAAUGAAAGAUAAAGGUGAAAUCGCACAAGCAUACAUUGGUUUGAAAGAAACAAACAGACCGUCUGCUAUGGAUUGCCAUGAGUUGAAUGAGGAUGGAGAGCUGUUGCUGGUUUAUGAAGGGUUAAAACAAGCCAACAGGCUUCUGGAAUCCCAGCUGCAGUCCCAGAAGAGGAGCCAUGAGAAUGAGGCAGAGGCCCUGCGCGGGGAGAUCCAGAGCCUGAAGGAGGAGAACAACCGGCAGCAGCAGCUGCUGGCCCAGAACCUGCAGCUGCCCCCAGAGGCCCGCAUCGAGGCCAGCCUGCAGCACGAGAUCACCCGGCUGACCAACGAAAACCUGUAUUUUGAGGAAUUAUAUGCAGAUGACCCUAAGAAGUAUCAGUCAUAUCGGAUUUCACUUUACAAACGGAUGAUUGAUUUGAUGGAACAACUUGAAAAACAAGAUAAGACUGUCCGGAAACUGAAAAAACAGCUGAAAGUAUUUGCUAAAAAAAUUGGUGAACUAGAAGUGGGCCAGAUGGAAAACAUAUCUCCAGGACAGAUCAUUGAUGAACCCAUCCGUCCAGUCAACAUUCCCAGGAAAGAAAAAGAUUUUCAAGGAAUGCUGGAAUACAAGAAGGACGAUGAGCAGAAACUUGUUAAGAAUCUGAUUCUGGAACUGAAGCCACGUGGUGUAGCAGUUAAUUUGAUCCCAGGGUUACCAGCAUAUAUCCUGUUUAUGUGUGUUCGACAUGCUGACUACCUGAAUGAUGAUCAGAAAGUAAGGUCAUUGCUAACGUCGACAAUUAACAGCAUCAAAAAAGUAUUAAAGAAAAGAGGUGACGAUUUUGAAACUGUCUCCUUCUGGCUCUCUAACACAUGCCGAUUUUUGCACUGCUUGAAGCAGUACAGUGGAGAAGAGGGCUUCAUGAAACACAACACAUCUCGCCAAAAUGAACACUGCCUCACCAAUUUUGACCUGGCUGAGUACCGACAGGUGCUAAGUGACUUGGCCAUUCAGAUCUACCAGCAGCUCGUGCGGGUGUUAGAGAACAUCCUUCAGCCCAUGAUUGUCUCCGGCAUGCUGGAGCAUGAAACCAUUCAGGGCGUGUCUGGGGUGAAGCCCACGGGGCUGAGAAAGCGGACCUCGAGCAUCGCUGACGAGGGCACCUACACACUGGACUCCAUCCUCCGGCAGCUCAACUCCUUCCACUCGGUCAUGUGUCAGCACGGCAUGGACCCUGAGCUGAUCAAGCAGGUUGUCAAGCAGAUGUUCUACAUCGUGGGGGCCAUCACCCUGAACAACCUCCUCCUGCGGAAGGACAUGUGCUCCUGGAGCAAAGGCAUGCAGAUCAGGUACAAUGUCAGUCAACUGGAAGAAUGGCUGCGUGACAAGAACCUGAUGAACAGUGGGGCUAAAGAAACCCUGGAGCCUCUCAUUCAGGCUGCUCAGCUUUUGCAAGUGAAAAAGAAAACAGAUGAUGAUGCAGAAGCCAUUUGCUCCAUGUGCAAUGCUUUAACUACUGCCCAGAUUGUCAAAGUAUUGAAUCUGUAUACUCCAGUGAAUGAGUUUGAAGAGAGAGUCUCUGUAUCAUUUAUUCGUACUAUACAGAUGCGUUUACGAGACAGGAAGGACUCUCCCCAGCUGCUCAUGGAUGCCAAACACAUCUUCCCUGUGACCUUUCCUUUUAACCCAUCCUCCCUCGCACUGGAAACCAUCCAGAUUCCAGCCAGCCUGGGCCUGGGGUUCAUUUCACGGGUCUGAAAGUGAUGGGAUAUCAAGGCAAACAGUGACAAUACAUUUCUUGCCUGAAAUAAGAACCAUUAUUUCCAGAGAGCUACUGAAAACACAUCUUUAAAGAGAAAGUACUGAUUAUCUUCCAAACAAGAGGUUAUUAACGAGAAAUCUACUUAGAAUACUUCCACCACCCUGGGAAGAAAGAUAGGCUCCUUUGUGCUAUGUUAGCGUUUUAGCAACAGUCAUCCUUGAUCAAUUAGGUACCCUGAGUUUACAUGCAGGCGAAUGUCGAAAGGAAGGGGUGAAAUGUGUCUUCACCUGCCAGAAUUUAUUUUAAAUCCUCAGCACUGCAUCUAAAUGGUAUAAGAAAUGUAAAUUCCAGAUAUGAGCUGCUGUUCGGAAGGCACCAGCAGAGAACCUCCUCUGCACGACUGGAAGAACUAGAAGAAAAUCUCCAUUGAGUACGUAGCAUAUCAGUUUAGGAAUCAGUCACGUUUAUAUUGUCAAACUGGAUCAAAGGAAUAAACUGGCAAUAUGUAAAGUAACUGGUCAAGCAACUUCCUUCUAUGUGUCACUAUGAUAUAGAGCUAUUAAGAGAAUGUUGGUUUGCUGUAUAGCAUAGAAGUCCAUCUGCACUGUAGUUUACUGAGCAUUUUAAAUCGCUGCUACAUACUGUGUUCUUUAAAAUGUAAGUGAUAUUCUUAUUAGGCACUACAACAGUAAGCUCUUUUAUCAACUCUGUUUACAAUUCAAUCAGAUCACAGUUUUAACUGGAUUAUGUGCAAAUAUCUACAGAUUCACCUGCACAAGUAGCAGACACUGGAAGCCAUGUAAUAAUAUGACAAAAGGUUUGACAUUUAGGGCUAGGAUUAGACAAAGUGGCUAUUGUUGAUGUCAUUGUUUAUUCAGGAUGUAUGGUAUUAAUGUGCUCGUUAAUUUUCCCUGGGUGGAUAUCACAUCAGGGUACAGUGUUCUGCGAAGUGAUUUAUUUUUAGUUUCCAGACCUGAUUCCUGCACUGCCUAUUUUCAGCCCUGACAGGUUUUCUUUCUUUUUCGUAAUUUAUUAAGAACUAAUCUCAGUCACUAUCUAGAGAGCAUUGUUAGAAUAUUCAUGAUUCAGAUCUUGAAACUUUGAAUAUCCUGUAAAUUAUGCAAAAGAAGGUACAUAAUAAAUCCCUAAUUAUAUUCCUUUUUUUAGGCUUUGCAACUUCUAUAAAUGUUCUCAGUACCAUUAGAUACUUUAAAGAGCAUCAUAUUAGAAAUACUUUAAGACUUAUAUAAGAAAUAUAAGAAGAUUGAUGACUUUUACAGAGGAUUUGGUUCUGUAAAUUUUCAUUUUCAAAUUCUAAUUAAACAUAUUCUCCAUUUUUCCUAGAAGUCUUAGACAAUAAUUCUUUCAGGUUGUGCAAAAGCAAAUCUUUAGCUUUCAGUGAAACUCUGGUUCUGAAUUACAAUCUUAGAUUUAUAUAAUUUAACUUAUACAAUCUAUAAAAAAUGAGACCUUAUUAAAACAUGUGCAAUAUUAUUAGUGGAAGUCAAACAGUUUCAAGUCAAUGGUACAGAUUGUUGUUAAGAGAUAAAUACUGUAUGUUAACUUAUUUGAGCCUCAUUUGUACCAUAAGAGGGAUGGACAACUGGUUGUUAAAGGUCCCUUUCAUGUCUAAAAUUCUCUCCUCUUGGAUCCUAGAGAAACCAGCUACAGUUACUCUGCCUGGUGGAAAGACUUCUUUGGUGCCUGUUAAUUCUGAGGGAUUAAUAAACUGUAAAGUCACAAGUUUGUAUAAUUAUAACCUUUCUUAAAUGUACAUGAUGUAUGUACAUGUUUUUUAGGAAGUUAAUUUUUAUUGAAUCAUGGACUAUUCAAUUUGGAUAUAUUUAUUUAUUUGCAAAACCAGCCCCAAACACUACUAAUUCAAUCAGAUUCUCUCAGUUUUCCCUGGUUGUCAAUGUAGUUUUCAAUGAACAAUGAACUCUUUUAACCAUUUGGUCAGUACUGAAUGUGUUGGAGUCUAAGGGCAUAGAUGGGACUUGGGUAGGGGGGACGCUACAAUGAUGACUCUUGGUGUAGGCUGACCUCAGACCUGGAAACCCUCCUGGCCUUCCCCAGCAGAACCCCGUGCAGCACGUUCCAUGGGGAUCACAUCUGCCAUGGGUAGCCGGUAUCCCCAAGUGUGUCUAGUCUGGGUCUUUCUCUCCUGUCUCCUGUCUUUCUGCUGUACAGUGUUGGAGCUUCUGUUCCACACCUGGGCCAGAAUCUCCUGUUCAGGGAUGGCCAAAGAUUCUGCUAUUCCAGGGCUCCAACUUCCUCCUAUGCCUACCCAGAACCCCAUGUGGGGAUCUGAAUUUCCUUCUCUUAGCUGCCUAAAGAUCUUUACCUUAGCAAGGAUACCUUACAACCCUGGAGCCCCAAGGCCUGGUAAAUGCUUCUCUGUACUAUUUUCUUGAGAAUGCAACAGCAUUCUGCUGACCAUGGAUUUUCUUUGGCCACUCUAAGGACUGCUCACCCUUCCCUCUCUUCAUCCACAGUUUCUCACCCAGCUUCAAACACACUUCCACCAGCCUUCUGUCUGCCCAUUUAUCUGUUCACUCUUGCCCUUCCCUCAGCUGAGCCAUGUACCUCAUGGCCUGCCUACCUGCCUCUCUGACUGCGUUCAAGGCAGUUGAGGGAGUCAGUCCCUGUGCCCCUCCCGGCCUGCCUCGUGGCUUACUGUCAGCCCAAUCUUUGCACAAGUUCUUGUGCUCACUUCCCUGCAGUACAUCCUUUGACAUCACUAAUUUGCUUCUUCAUAAUUCCUCUGUGACAUACAAAUAGGAAUUCAAGGAAAAAUCUUGAAAGAACAACAGUUCAUUGUCUUAAUAGCCACUUCUCAAUAGCCCUCCUCCCCACUCACCCUUACAUUCAGAGGCAGCUCACACCUUGGAAUUGCAAAGCUGAAAAGUUACAAGCAAUUUACCUUCUUGUAGCUUUUCUUGGGUUAAAGCUUUGAUCUGCUUGAGAGUAACUAUGGAGGAGGGGGAUGAUAAAUAUGGGAUAAAAUCCACAAAUUGUAGCCUCAUGCCUCCUUUAGAAGUUCUGAAAAUUCCCAGGUCUCUGACACUUAUUCUGUCAAGGGCAAAAGUACAAAAACAUAUAUUGCAAAGCCAACUGAAAGGAGAUUUUGGGGUUUAGGUCAGUAUGUAUGAUUUGCUUUCUUUUAUUUCAAUGGCUAGUUGAGAGUUGGCACUUUCUGGGUAAUUAUGUAAAAUAUAAGUCAAAUCUUUUAGUAACCCGGUGGAGGAAGCUAUGAAAAUACCUUAGUUUAUUAGAUUCCCAGUACAGUGGUUCUUGUGAGAAAUUACUUUCCAAGUAACCCUAGGUAAACGCGCCCAUCACCACCCUAAGAAAUGCUCACAAUAUGUCUUCGCCGACAGACUGAAGUGCAAGAUCACCAGUGUGUAGAGUUCCCCAAGAGGCAGAGUCCAGGAUCCUCUGGGGAACUUCCAGUCAGGAUAAAAUAGACAUUUGUGUGUGAUCCUGAAACUCUCCUGUUGAAAGUAGUGUGGAGCAAAUCUUGCACCCACCUGUGCUUUUGCUUCAGCGUGCUUCCUGAGGUACCUCCUUGCAGCCGCAGCCGCAGCAGCAGAAGGUGGGAAGAGGAGCGUCUGCCGCCACUCCCCGGUGAUCCAUCACUCGCUGGUGAUCAUUUGAGAGCGAGAUGGAGUCGGUGCCCCGCUGAGGAGCCGCCCUCUUUGUGCAGCAGAGGCAGCGUGGGCAGGUGAGGCAGGAGGCUUCGGAGAGUUGUGAGGUUACAGUCUGUUCCUCCCAGUACCUGUGGGGCACCUGGCCCAGCAAGAGGUGCCUUUGCCCUUACCGGAGUUGGCAACUGGCAUAUGGGAACCGAGCAAGUGCAGAGGACCCAGUUCUUUGCGCUAACGAGAUGAAGUACUCAGAGCUCAGUGGCUUUCUUCUGGUUAAUAGUUACCUGCUGUAACUAGGUUUGACUUUUGUAAUGGGCCAGUGCUCCCUUGGAGGCUGUUCUGGUCAUUAAUUAGCAGCAGGCUGUCUCAACCUGACAGGAAGCAGCGAAGCCUCCCAAAAGUUAAGAGGAAGCUCACCCUCAAGCCUCACCCCUGAGUCACGUUAGAGCCACCAGGUGUGCUGUGCAGCCCGCAGAGAACCUGCAGCUGUUUGCCAAGCCUGGGUGCUUUCUAAGGACUGUCCCGGGGCAGGCCGUACACAGGUCCAUGUGCGCUGGAUGUGACUGUGUGUGCAUGCUGCCGUGUGUCCUUUGGAGCUAGGAGGUGUGCUGUGUGCAUGCGCGUCAGAGAGGCUCUGUAUCGCUGAGGCCUCUGUUCGUGGAUAAGUGCAUCGGAAUCUCUCCUCAGGCUGUGCUGUGAGGGCCGCCUUAACCCCUGCUCCCGUCCCUCCUAGAGCUGCCUUAAGUUCUCCGGAACUUUUCCUCGGUAAGGGGAGACCUUGCCUGGAGAGGUUAUCUUGCCCUGUUUCUCAAGGUUUAGGUUUUGGGAGGGUUUGGUUGGGUGUGCCUCCAGCCGCUGAUUCCUUCCCUCCCUUCCUGCAUGGCCCUCCCACUCCAGGUACGUUUUCCUUUCCGUUCUGUUAUUUCCAAACACGUGUUAGAACUCUGGGGCAGCAACAAUCUCAGAGCCAAUGAAAUGUGGGCUUAGCGGGUGUUCCUGAGUUUGGGGGGCUCUGUGUCACAAGUAAAUGAACAUGUGGAAGAAAUAUAAGUUAGGUUUUGGUAAUACUAAUAUGGCUUGUUUUCCAUUGAUAUUUUCUUCAUACAGGUAAAGGGUACAACUAUAAAACCUUUCUUAGGUAUUCUUUUUAAAAAAUUCUUUUUAGAAUCCUGUAAUAUAAAAGAUUGAGUGAAAACAGAAAAAGUGUGCUAUAAAUUCUAAUCCAUUGUAUUACUCUAAAUGAAAUCAACCUGAGUCACAGUAGAUUUCUCACUAGAUCAGGAACAGAAAAAUACUAUGUAAAAUACCUGCAAAAGUACAUUUUAUACAUUUUUUAUUUUUAAAUUUGGCCUAGCUAAAAUGUUCAUCAGCUUAACUUAAUGGGUAUUAUUAGAUUCAUAAAAUGUCAACAUGACAACAUUUCCUUAGUAUUGUAAUAAUAAUUGCUUGAAACAUUUGAAAGAAAGAUUUUUUGAGUUGAAACUGGUAUGUAAUUCAAUGCUAAGUCAGUACAUUUUCAUGCAUUUUUCGGAGUCAAUAGUUUCAAGUAUUUUAUUGUUACCAUAUGUUAAAAAACUUCAGCCUACAUUUCAGGCUCUCUAAAUCACUUGAGCCAUUUAAUUUUUUCCAACAAAUGGUGAAAUUUUCCUUGAAAUGUGGAUAUUUAUGUUGUAACUUAUGAUUCCUAGUUGUGUAUUUUUGUGGAAUCCUAGAGUAACACCGACCUUUUUUUGUCCUGGGAAAAUUUUAAUUGUUCUAACAGUGUUGCACAGAAAUGAGCUCAUGACAUUUAACAUAUUGCUAUUUUAAUUUGUUAAUUUACUGUGAAAUGGAUAUGCCUUCUAAUUACAGUGAAAUUGAACAUUGCAGUUUUUCAAAUAUUUUUCCUUGUUGGAUCUGGAGAAAGAAUUCUACUUUGAUCUGUAUAGAAAAACAUGAUAUAUUUAAUCUUUGAAAAGUUCUAGGGUAAAAUAGUCAUCCAUUAAAAAGGAAACAAAAGUACUGAGAAGUGAAAGGCAUUAUCAACCAACUCUAGUUUAAACCAAACUGUCCCCAGCAUGUCUCACAUGGAAUUUUAAAAAAUAAGUUAAUAAUUCACCUCACAUCAACAAAAGCCUUUGAAACGUGGGUUUUCACUAGGUAUCACCUAGUGCUAAGAUGAAAACCAAAACAAUAUCACAUUGACAUUUACACUCUAAAUUUGUAGUUGUCUAAUGUUGUACUUAGUAAAUGUGUGUCAUUAAUGCUGUACUCCUAGCUAUUGUAGAAAAUUGUUCAAAUAAAGAUGGAUGUAAAGGA